GGAUAUUUCCACUUCCUUUGGCAAUUUUUUUCAAUCACACAUUCACUUGCUUCGAGUACAUCGAUCGAAUAGGUUUGAAAACUUUUCCAGUCUAAUUAAAUAAUUUUCAAGUGAUAUUAGAAUAAUGGGUUUAAAAGAGGAUUUUGAUACAGCCGCUGAAAAAGUAAAGAACUUAAAAUCAAAGCCAUCGGAUCAAGAUCUUUUGGAAUUGUAUGGAUUGUUUAAGCAAGCAACAGUCGGAGAUAACAAUACAGAAAAGCCGGGUAUGCUUGACUUUAAAGGAAAAGCUAAAUGGGAGGCUUGGAACGGAAGAAAGGGCAUGUCAUCUGAUGAGGCUAUGACAAAGUACGUUGAAAAGGCUACCGGACUCGCUGACAGCCUCGGCGUCAAUUAAUUUGAAAAAAAUUAUUGAAUUUUAAUUUUGUUCACUUUGCACAUUGUACUCAUCACUAACAUUACACAUUUAAGCAGUCACAAAGUCAAGGUCAUUUUUUUGUACUUCUGCUUUAUACCAAAAAUAAAAACAAGAUUCUUUAUUU